AUGCCUUCUGGAUCCGUUCUGGUCACCGGUGGAACCGGCUACAUUGGCUCAUUCACUACCCUGGCUCUGCUUGAGGCCGGAUACAAGGUGGUCGUAGCAGACAAUCUCUACAAUUCUAGUGCGGAGGCCCUCAACCGCAUCGAGUUGAUCUCGGGCAAGAAGGCCGAGUUCGCCCAGCUCGAUGUCACCGACGAAGCCGCCUUCGACAAGGUGUUCGAGGCUCACCCCGACAUCGACAGCGUCAUCCACUUCGCCGCGUUGAAGGCCGUCGGCGAAUCCGGCGAGAAGCCCCUCGACUACUACCACGUCAACGUAUACGGCACAAUCUGCCUCCUGCGAUCAAUGGUACGCCACAAUGUGACGAACAUCGUCUUCUCCUCCUCAGCCACCGUCUACGGCGACGCCACGCGCUUCCCCGACAUGAUCCCCAUCCCCGAGCACUGCCCGCUCGGCCCGACAAACCCCUACGGCAACACCAAGUACGCCAUCGAGCUGGCCAUCACGGACGUCAUCAACGCCCAGCGCAACAACGCCAAGAAGGCCGGCGACGAGGCUGAGGCCGCCAAGUGGAACGGUGCCCUGCUCCGCUACUUCAACCCCGCUGGUGCCCACCCCAGCGGUAUCAUGGGCGAGGACCCCCAGGGUGUGCCCUACAACCUGCUCCCGCUGCUUGCGCAGGUUGCUACGGGCAAGCGCGAGAAGCUGCUUGUUUUCGGUGAUGACUACGCCUCCCACGACGGCACCGCCAUCCGCGACUACAUCCACAUCCUGGAUCUGGCGGACGGCCACCUGAAGGCUCUCAACUACCUCCGCGCCAACAACCCCGGUGUGCGCGCCUGGAACCUUGGUACCGGCCGCGGCAGCACCGUCUACGAGAUGAUCCGCGCCUUCUCCAAGGCCGUUGGUCGUGACCUUCCCUACGAGGUCGCUCCCCGCCGCGCGGGUGACGUCCUCAACCUCACCUCCAACCCUACGCGCGCCAACACCGAGCUCGGCUGGAAGGCGCAGCGUACCCUCGAGCAGGCCUGCGAGGAUCUGUGGCUCUGGACCAAGAACAACCCCCAGGGUUACAGGCAACAGCCUCCUGCUGAGCUGCUGGAACAGCUUAAGAAGUAG